UUUGCACAGGUGUGUCACAUGCUGAUUAGAUGAUUGCACAGGUGUGUCACAUGCUGAUUAGAUGAUUGCACAGGUGUGUCACAUGCUGAUUAGAUGAUUGCACAGGUGUGCGCCAGGCUGCCAGAUGUUUUGAUUGGUCAGUGUGUGGUAGACCUGACAGCAUGAUGACAGUUGAUUAGGUACAAGGUGUUCCUAAUGCACUGACCGGGUUGGCAUUAACAAGAUUGACUGGAAAUGAAACGGCAGCGCGGAAUGUUCUAGCAGGUGUGCCUUCAUCAGUCCUGAAGUCCCUUUGAUAGUCGCCGCCGGUGUUGCUGCAGACCAGAACCGUUCUGGGCUCGGCUCGUCUCGCCUGGACCAGCUGUCUGCCAGGGCGGGAGGGAGAGGUGCGGGCGAGACGCGAGUGUGCGCGGAGACUCUUCUAGUGUGCGCGGCGCUGUUGCUGCUGCUCCACAUCCACGUCCACGUCCACGUCCAUGUCCAUGUCCACCUCCGGAGGAGCUGCGACGUCUGCGCGGGAAGAGGAGCGCGCGAGUGCGGCCACACGUGCACCGUGACAGGAGGCGAGCACGGCGGCUGCGGCGUCAAGCUCCGUGUCGGUGAGGUGCUGCACUCCUCUUUCCAUCAGAGGACCGAGGAGGAGGUCGAGGAGACACCAUGGCUCAGGAAUGGAGAGGAACAGGUUCAUCACGGAAGCACGGCGCCACCCGCUGGUGCCUUCAAAAUAUUGCGCAAGAAUCUGUGGACAGCUCCGAUGAAGAGUUUUUUGAUGCCAGAGCAGAUGUUAUGGAGGGGAAAAGUGCCAUUCUGCUUGGCAUGAGUCAAUGGAACUCAAAUGACCUGGUGGAACAGAUUGAAACGCUCGGACACAUGGAGGACCAGUCUCAUGAGGGUCUCUAUCACCUUGCAGACCCACGCUGUGACCCCCAGAGCAGCACCGAGGGACUGGAGGACUUAGAGAAUUCCAAAUGUGGGACCCAGGUUCUGCUGCUGGUUGUGCACGGGGGGAACAUUCUGGACACGGUUGGCGGGGACCCGAGCGCGAAGGCCGGCGACGUGGCCACCUUGGCCUCCGUGCUGGAGAAGGUGACGCGAGCACACUUCCAGGCCGCCGCCCAACACGUGCUGAUCAGACUGGUGGCGUGCCCGGCGGUGUGUGCCGAGGCCUUCUCGCUGGUGUCCAAUUUAAACCCUUACAGCUACGACGAGAGCUGCGUGUCGAGCAGUGUGGACCACCUGCCGUUGGCUGCCUUGCCGCUCCUCGCCAUCGUGUCGCCACGCUACCAGGACGCCGUGGCUACAGUCAUCGCCCGGGCCAACCAGGUCUACCGCAGCUUCCUGCACUCCGAGGAUGGUCAGGGCUUCUCGGGUCAGGUGUGCCUGAUGGGCGACUGCGUGGGCGGCGUCUUGUGUUUCGAUGCUCUGUGCUUCAGCAGCCAGCAGAGGCCCGGCAGCCCCAAGAACAACAACAACAACAACACUCCCAGCAGCAGGAACAACAGCACUGAAAGUCUGAAGGAAAACUCCGGUCUGCUGGGGGAGUCCAGCCCGGGUCUGAGCACCAGCAAAAGGCUGAGCAAGAGUAACAUCGAUAUCUCCGCCCCCAAUGAAGGCCGCAGCCAGGGGGCGCCACAUCUCAGCCGCAAGCAGAGCGACUCGUACGACGGCGAUACGUCGUCUACUGGCCAGCACGUCUUCUUUUCCAGUCUGAUGAAGGACAGCGUGGAGGUGCGCAGCAGCAGCAGCAGCAGCAGUCUGCUCUUUAAUCCCGGCCGCUUUGACUUUGAGGUGUCGGACUGCUUUCUACUGGGCUGUCCUCUGGGCCUGGUGCUGGCCAUGCGGCGCACGGUGCUGCCCGCCGUCCAAGUCAAUCAGCUCCAUCCGGCCUGUUCCCAAAUCUUCAACCUGUUCUACCCGUCUGAUCCUUCGGCUUCCAGACUGGAACCACUGUUGCAAGCGCUUUUUCACAAGCUGCCGCCGUGUGCUGUCCCCCGCUACCAGCGCUACCCUCUCGGGGACGGACGCUCACUGGUCAUAGCCGAGAGUAUCCAAAGCCACCCGGAUGUGUUCUUGGAUGGAGAGCAGACUCCGCAGUCGUCCUUUGAGACCAAAUGGAAAGGAGGAGAAGAGAGAGUCCGCCGGGCCAGCGUCACCAGCGUGGAAAGUGGAAUGUCGAUUGGUUCUGGGGGCCAUCAGCUGUGCAACACCAUUGCCAACAUUUCCAGUAGCUGGUGGGGAUCCAAAAGGCUGGAUUACUCCCUGUACUGCCCUGAUGUGUUGACCGCUUUUCCCACCGUGGCCUUGCCUCACCUUUUCCACGCCUCCUACUGGGAGUCCACCGAUGUAGCAGCCUUCGUCCUCAGACAGCUCAUGCGCUGUGACUUCAUGAAGACGCAGGAAGCCGACAGCCUGGACUCGGCGCCCUUUUCGCCCUCCAGCCCGCGGGAAAAGUGGCUUCGGAGGAGGACGCACGUCAAACUGCGGAACGUGACUGCCAACCAUCGAGUGAAUGACAUCAUUGCCACAGAGGAUGGACCCCAGACGCUGGUCGGCCGCUUCAUGUACGGCCCCUUGGACAUGGUGACGCUAACUGGAGAAAAGGUGGACAUCCUGCUGAUGACUCAGCCCCAGUCUGGACGCUGGGUGCACUUUGACACGGAGGUGGCCAACAGCAGCGGCCGGGUCACCUACACCAUACCUCACGACAAGAAGCUCGGCCUCGGAGUCUAUCCCAUUAAAAUGCUCGUCAAGGGAGACCAGACGUCAGCUGAAGCCUACCUCACCGUGCUGCCCCGCGGAAUGGAGUGCGUGGUCUUCAGCAUCGACGGCUCCUUUGCCGCCAGCGUGUCAAUCAUGGGCAGCGAUCCCAAGGUCCGCCCCGGUGCUGUGGAUGUCGUCAGGCACUGGCAAGACCUGGGCUACCUGAUCAUCUACAUCACAGGUCGCCCUGACAUGCAGAAACAGCGGGUGGUGUCCUGGCUGUCACAGCAUAACUUUCCUCACGGCAUGAUCUUCUUCUCCGAGGGUUUGGUUCACGAUCCCCUGCGGCAGAAGACAAUCUUCCUCCGGAACCUCAUACAGGAGUGUCACAUUAAGAUCAACUCCGCUUACGGAUCCAUGAAGGACAUCUCUGUUUACAACAUGCUCGGCCUCGGCCCCUCGCAGAUUCAUAUUGUGGGCAGACCUUCAAAGAAGUACCAGAACCAGUGCCAGUUCUUGAGCGAGGGCUAUGCAGCACACCUGUCCACUCUCCAAUUUGGGCACCGAGCCCGGCCUAAGAAGUCCCCCUCGGUUCGCAUGGUGCUCAGGAAAGGCUCCUUUGGCCUCACCGCCAAGCCAGACUUCCUGUGCAAGCGCACCCACCUGCGCAGGACUAUGUCGGUCCAGCAGCCCGACCCGCCCUGCACACCCAACCCAAAGCCCGAGCGAGCCCAGAGCCAACCUGAGUCGGACAAGGACCACCUCGGAGGGGGUGGCGGCAGCGCGGGGGGACAUGGUGUUUGGGGACGGGCCUCCAUGCAUCGCGGAGACACGACUCCCUGACGUCAAACACCGCGAACUACUGAACACUGGAAGAUUGAGGAAAGGGAAAGAAUUGAUGCUGAGGUUCGAUCUUUUUUUGGGGGGGGGAGAUGAAACUCCUCGUGAGUUGUAACAAAAUGCUGCUUUUUCAAAAUGAAUAAUGCCACUCUAAAACACGCCCACAUCAGAGUGGUUACACUAAAUAAGUGGAACGUGGUUUCAGCUACCAACUACUUUUCACAUCCAGCCGGAGAGAAGAAGCUGUUGUAGCGUGUAUACACACACUGCAUCAACACAACAAAAGAGAAGAACAAGAGAGAAAAAGUUGUUGUAGCGUGCAUACACACACACUGCUUCAACACAACAAAAGAGAAGAACAAGAGAGAAGAAGCUGUUGUAGCGUGCAUACACACACUGCAUCAACACAACAAAAGAGAAGAACAAGAGAGAAAAAGUUGUUGUAGCGUGCAUACACACACACUGCUUCAACACAACAAAAGAGAAGAACAAGAGAGAAGAAGCUGUUGUAGCGUGCAUACACACACUGCAUCAACACCACAAAAGAGAAGAACAAGAGAGAAGAAGCUGUUGUAGCGUGCAUACACACAC